AUGAAGGCUGUGUCCGCAAUCGUUCUUCACUGCGCCGCAGUGACUGUCGCUGCUGCGGCUCUUCCCGACGGUGGCCAGGUGGUCUCUGACCCUCUGGAGGGUUACGAAAUCGUUCCUAUGCAAUGGAAAGGUGUUAUCAAGGAGGGAGAGGCUCCUGUCUCCCUGAAUGGUACCAUCGAGUCGAUCAUCUCCCAGAUCCAGGAGCUUAACCCGGAGUUCGAGUUGGUGGAAGACGACACCGCCGAGACAUCCGAGAUUGACAAGCGCAACCCUUCCAACAUCAUUUGUAAUGUCGGCGGAACCGGUUAUGUCGAUGUAGAAGCGGCCCGACGCGAGCAAAGAUACCUUCGCUCCUUGGGGACCAGUGUAUGCGGUGUGGAUGGUGGGCCUGGCAAGUGCGCUCGCGUCUCUUGUUCUUAUGGCGAUGCUAUUUGGCUUUGCAACGAUAACAGCCACUACAUUCAACCCAGGUGCAGCUACCUUGCUGAUUACGUUGAUCGCAUUAUUUCGAGCUGCCAGUCCUUGACCAGCAGCCCGCCUUGUACAGUCAGGCCUUGCGCUCCUAGUUGGACUGCAUGGUUCGUUCGGGGCCAGCAGUUCGAUACUGACAGAUACAACGUUAUUGUUGGCAGAAGCAACUGCUAA